UUUUAAAACAACGAUGGAUUGUUGUAGGUUUUUAAUUCAAGAUUGCUUAGUACAUCAAUUUUCUACAAUUGUGUUUUCAUAUCCCCAAAGAUUUUGAAUCCGAUUCUUGUAUCAUACCAGAAUCGGCUAAUAUUGAGUCAAGGGGUGAGUAUGACAAUGUUCUCACUACGCCAAAACGGCUUAUUAUUGACACUUCUUCCUUUUUGAAAUUGACUAGUAAAAAUAGUCGAUCUAUCUUUGACUGACAAAAUGCGUCGAAAGGCAUCUAACAUCACAUUUUAGGCGAAAACAAAAAUUUCAGAACGAAAACUAAAGUUUCGCUCCAAACUCUCUCUGCCCGCCAAAUGGAAACCAAAGUUCCUCUUUCCGCUCUCACUUUCUUUCAGUUCUUUCGGCUCUCACAUUCUUUCACUAAUACCUAAAUUCAUGAACUGCUCUAUAGCUCGUCUAGAGAAAUUCAAGUGACCGAUGCGGCUAUCUGGUUCACCGGCAAUACCAAAAAGAAGAGAAAGAAAGAAGAACGACAACCCGUGUACAACACAGCUAGAUGUCAUCUACUUGUCCAAGUAAAGAAUGGAUGGAUGCAGAUACUUUAUCUGAAAAAUACUUGUUAGGGGUUGCAUCAUUCCUCCAGUUUACAAAACAGAAGUUAGGUGGCGAUGAUUGGUAUUGUUGUCCUUGCAAGAAAUGUCUUAAUAAAAAGAAGAAUAAUCUAAAUGUUAUUUCUGAGCAUUUGGUUUCUGAAGGAAUAGAUCUGUCAUACCGAACAUGGUUCAAUCAUGGCGAACCACUUCGUAGAAGUAGACCCAAUGUUCGAACUCCUAUCUCAUCAUCCCCAUCAAGCAACCAUAAUAAAGGUUCAUCUCCAAGAAUUUCAGACUUGUUUUGGGAAACACUAGGGCGUGUAGAACCUAAUGACAUUGAUGCUUGUCUUAAUGAUCCAAUCCAAGAAAAUGACACAAUUCUUCCAGAUGGAUUACUUGAUUCACCUGUGGAUGCUAAUUAUGAGAGGAAGUUAGAAGAUGCAAUGAAACCAUUAUAUCCUUCAUGUGAGGGCCAACAUACAAAAUUGUCAGCUACAAUAGAGUUGUUGAGCAUGAAAGCACGAUACAACUGUCCAGAGGCACUUUUUACUCAACUUUUCCAGUUUAUAAAGAAUAUUUUGCCAAAGGAGAACAAUUUGCCAGAGAGCUUGUAUUGUGCAAAGGAGAUGGUCAAGCCUUUCCGGAUGAGUUAUGAUAUUAUAGAUGCAUGCCCUAACGACUGCAUACUUUAUUGGAGGGAAAAUGCAGAUAAAGAAAGUUGUCCAAAAUGUAAUGAAAAUAGAUGGAAAUCUGUAGAAAGUACUAAAGCAAUAGGUAAAAGGUUGCCACAAAAGAAGCUCAGGUAUUUUCCAAUCAAAGAGAGGUUGAAACGUCUGUAUAAUGUACCAUGGAUCGCUGAAAAUAUGAUAUGGCAUGACAAUUCAAUUGUAAGUGAUACAAGUAUGGGACAUCCAAAGGAUUCUACUUUUUGGGUAAACAUGAAUAAGGAAUGGCCUGAGUUUGCUUCUGAAAAGCGUAAUGUCCGUCUAGGACUUGCGACAGAUGGUUUUAAUCCUUUUGGGAUGAGUAACUCAUACAGUUGUUGGCCAGUUAUGGUCGUAUUGUAUAAUCUCCCUCCAUCAUUGUGCAUGACCAAAGAAUUCACCUUGUUAACUAUGCUGAUUCUCGGUCCUCAUGGCCCUGGUCAUAACAUUGAUGUCUAUCUGCAACCAUUGAUUGCAGAAUUGAGUGAUUUGUGGUCUGGAUGUGUCAUAUAUGAUUCCUACACAAAGACAAACUUUACCAUGAAGGCAAUGUUGAUGUGGUGCAUCCAUGAUUUUCCUGCUUAUGCUCAUUUAUCCGGCUGUAGGACUGCAGGACGAUAUGGUUGUCCUGUUUGUGGUGAGGGAACAGAUGCAACAUGGCUUAAGCACGGAAAGAAAUUCGCUUACCUCGGCCAUAGAAGGUUCUUGCCAGAAUCACAUCCUUUUAGAAGCCAAAAGACUCAAUUCAAUGGGAAUGAAGAACACAGAAAAGCACCGAAGCGUUUGACUGGUUCUGAUAUAUUACGAAAGAUGGAAACCAUUCACACAGAAUUUGGAAAGGUGACAGGUCAAAAGAGAAAACGAGCCACUAAAGUCAAUUCAGAAUGUUCAAAGAGGUCAAUUUUUUUUAAUUUGCCAUAUUGGAAGGUUUUGCCACUUCGACAUAAUGUGGAUGUGAUGCACGUUGAAAAGAAUAUAGCAGAAAACUUUUUUGCUACAACGAUGGAUACAAAAGGUAAGUCUAAGGAUCAUUUGCAAGCUCGUAAAGAUCUUAAAGCUAUGAACAUCAAAAGAAAAUUAUGGCCAACAGAAGAAAAUGAAAAGAAAACCUACCCCAAGGCUUCUUUUUCUUUAUCUCUACUAGAAAAAGAAUUAAUUUGUAAGACACUAAGUAAGUUGAAGGUUCCUAUUGGGUAUAGUGGGAAUUGGAAGCACAAAGUUUGUCUGCAAGAUUUUCAAUUAAAAGGCUUGAAGUCACAUGAUUAUCAUAUUCUCAUACAAGGAUUACUACCAGUGUUUCUAAUGUAUGGAUUUAAAAAGGAAAAACCUUUGCAAGCUGCAAUACGACAGUUGGGAAAUUUUUUCAAAGUCCUCUGCUCAAAGGUUAUCAAUCGUGCAGAACUUUCUCACAUGCAAAAGUGUAUUGUGGAGACAUUGUGUGUCUUUGAAACAUAUUUUCCACCAUCCUUUUUUGUUUCGAUGACACAUGUUGUGAUACACUUGGCUGAAGAGGCACAACUUUGUGGGCCUGUUAGAUAUAGAUGGAUGUACCAAUUUGAGAGGAUGAUGAGGACCUACAAAAGAUAUGGUAGAAACAAGACAUUUUUGGAGGGAUCUAUUGCAGAGCAAUACAUCUUAGAAGAAGCGAUGAGACAUUGCAUGGAGUACAUACCCAAUGAUAAAGGUAAAAGCUAUAAUCGAGUAGGACGCACAUACAUUGAAAAUGAAGAUGAAUGCCCUUAUCCUUUUAAUGCAAAUGGAAAAGCAUAUAGACUUUCUGGUUUGCAGUAUGAACAAGCACGCAAAUGGGUCUUGAAGCAGUCUCCUGUAAAUGCCGAGUGGGAGGAGAAAUACCAUGCAUAUCUUCAGGACCAUAAGUUUACUGCAAGACGGGUGAAAGGGACACAACAAAAGCUGAAAACUCUGAACUACAUCCCUUGGUUAAGAAAACAACUUGAGAAAGAGGAAAUGACUCAUUUUAAGAGGCUUGUCAAUGGUCCAGACUUCGAUGCUCUAGCAUAUAAAGCAUAUGCAGUAAAUGGUUACAUUUUUUACACUGCUGAUGCAGAACUAAAUUCAAGCACACAAAAUAGUGGGGUUUCCAUGAAUGCUGUUACAAGUUUUAGAUCAAGUGCUAAAGAUAAGAAUCUAGUGGAAGAAGAAGUUACUUACUAUGGCAUUGUCAAACAAAUAUUAGAGCUAAAUUAUUAUGAUUUUAGACAAUCUGUCUUCUACUGUGAUUGGGUGCGUAUAGAGGAUAAAGUAAAUGGAUGUGUAGUGGAUCCAGAAACAAACUUGAUUUUCGUAAACUUUGGAAGGUUUAGAAGAAAUUCAAGUGAUGACGAUGAACCAUUUAUACAUGCUUCAGAAGCGACUCAAGUAUUCUAUUGCAAGGAUGAAACGAGGGAUGAUUGGCAUUUGGUUUUGGAAUCUCCAAAAAGAUUAAGUCAUGAUGUGGACGCUUAUCAAGAUCCUUUUACUUUUGAAGAAACCACAUUCAACAGUUCAUUGAGCACAUCAAUGCUUGCUGGAAAUUUAGAACAUGAUAAAGAUUAAAGCUUCAAUGUAGUUGCUGUGUGUUUGGAUUAGAUGAUGAAAACCAUUCCAUGGAGUUGAGUUUAUGGCGGAUCAAUUUAAUAAUGCACAUGCAAGUGGGAGUGAUAGAAGCACAUCUGAUAAUUCAGAUGUACGUGAUAUUCAAUGAAUAUGAGCAUUUGUAGGUCUCUGAUCAGAGAAGCUCUCAACUGCGAGAGGUGAAUCUGAUCUUACUUCAAUGGCGUGCUUUUCAAAAACUUGAAAAAGGUUAUUGCUUAUGGACACUCGAAUUUGGAAGCUCUGCCAAAUGAAGCUUAUAGUAUCAUUAUCAAUAAGAUCUUGGAUGGUAGUUAGUACCUAUAUACGAGCGAUAUGAGAAGUUUGAAGCCGUAUUGUGGUUCAAUGCUAUUUUGAAACGCUAUUGAUCUUUUAGUUUUUUUAGUUUGAAGUAUUUGAUAUGCUAUUUGGGUACUACUCGAAUACUAGUUAAGUGGAAUUUGGACCAUGUGUAAUUGUGUAUUAAUGGAUCUUGAUGUUCAAAGUAUUGAAGACCACUCGAUUUCAAUUGAA